CUUAAGGGCUGGCCCUGCUCACCUGGAGCCUUUCACCAGGACCCCAACCCUAACGAGCCACAGGCCAGCAAGGACAAGGCUGAACUGCGCAACUACACGGAGGGGAAGCUACUAGACCGUGUCUACAACACCUAUCUGCAGAUGCACACCUACCAGACAGUCGACUUUGUGCGUAGGAAGAGUGCUGAGUACAGGGGCUGCUCACUGCGCAGGAUGAGUGCCAUGCAGGCACUGGAGCUGCUGGACCAACUGGUGGAUGAAUCUGACCCGGACGUGGACUUCCCCAACUCCCUCCACGCCUAUCAGACCGCAGAGGGCAUCCGGCGUGCCCACCCUGACAAAGAUUGGUUCCACCUCGUGGGGCUGCUACACGACCUGGGCAAGGUCCUGGUGCUGUUCGGGGAGCCCCAGUGGGCGGUGGUGGGGGAUACCUUCCCAGUGGGCUGCAAGGUGCAGAAGUCAGUGGUCUUCCAUGAUUCCACCUUCCACAACAACCCUGACAUCAGGGACCCCCGGUACAACACCGAGUGUGGGAUGUACCAGCCUCACUGCGGCCUGGAGAAUGUGCUCAUGUCCUGGGGACACGACGGUGAGCGUGGGGGACACACUGAGACCCAGAACCCUUUGCAUGGAGGGGCGGGGGGGGAGGACCGAAGUAGGCCCCGUCGUCCCCCGACGUACCGACCACGACGACCACUUCGGGUACGGGGGCGACGACGACGCGUACGUCCCCCGAAACCGACUACCGAACCGUUCCUACCCGACCUACGGAACUACCUACUACGUACUACGAACGUCGAGUACGAAGUUACGAAACGAACGUUUAGGUCCCAAACGGGGGGGGUACCCCGACGGUUACCACCCCUAAACGGACCUCGAACUUCGCUUACCCCCCCACCCCCCCCUUCCCCCACGUACUUCGUCUGUUACAACCCUUCGUCUACCCCUCUUACCCCCCCUUCCCUACGGCCUCUACAUGAUUCCGACUUCCAUUCCUUCUACCCCUGGCAUGCACACGGGGACUACAAGCACCUGGCAACGGAGGAGGACCGUGCGCAUGCGUCGCCCUGGGUCAAGGAGCUCAACAAGUUCGAUCUAUACACCAAGCAGGAGGAUCUGCCCGACGUGAGGGAGCUGCAGGGGUACUACCAGGCCCUGAUUGAUAAGUACUGCCCUGGGGAGCUCUGCUGGUGAGCUGGACCUCCCCCUCCAGCCACAGACCCCUACCCCUCCAGCCACAGACCCCUCCAGCACUCAGCACUCCCCCCACUGUGUUCACCUCUGUGCCAUCAAUAAACCCACUUGCC